AUGAAAGGGGGGUGCUCCACUAGGAGGGGACUCUCACUCUACCUCACUGUCAGCCUUCUGCUUCAAGGAAGAAGUGAUGCUUUCACCAUCAAUUGCUCAGGUUUUGACCAGCAUGGGGUGGAUCCUGCUGCCUUCCAAGCAGUGUUUGACAGAAAGGCCUUCCGUCCAGUCAUCAACUUCAGCAUCCCUACACAUGUCAACCUCUCCUUCACCCUGUCUGCCAUCCUGGAAGUGGAUGCACAGCUCCAGCUUCUGACAUCAUUCUUAUGGAUUAAUUUGAUUUGGGACAAUCCUUUUAUCAGUUGGAACCCAGAAGAAUGUGUCAGCAUCAAUAAACUCACUGUAUCAGCUAAAAACCUGUGGCUCCCAGACAUCUUCAUCACGGAAUCCAUGGAAAUGAGUCAGGCACCUCCAGAUCUCACCGCAUAUGUCAACAGCGAAGGUCGAAUAAGGUAUGAUAGGCCAGCACAGGUGACCAGUAUCUGUAACCUGGACAUCUUCUACUUCCCUUUUGACCAACAGAACUGCACCUUCACCUUCAGUUCCUUCCUCUACACAGUGGACAUCAUGGUCCUAGGAAUGAACAAGGAAGUAUGGGAGAUAACAGAAACGUCUCGUCACAUCAUUCAGACUCAGGGAGAGUGGGAGCUCCUGGGCAUUAACAAGGCCACCCCAAAGAUGUCGGUGGGCAGCAAUGUAUAUGACCAGAUCAUGUUCUAUGUGACCAUCAGGCGCAGGCCCAGACUCUACGUCAUAAACCUUCUGGUGCCCAGUAGCUUUCUGGUUGCCAUUGAUGUCCUCAGCUUCUACCUGCCGGCAGAAAGUGAGACUCGCGCCCCAUUCAAGAUAACCCUUCUUCUGGGCUAUAAUGUCUUCCUGCUCGUGAUGAAUGACUUACUUCCUUCCAGUGGCACCCCUCUCAUCGGUGUCUACUUUGCUCUGUGUCUGUCGCUGAUGGUGCUCAGCCUGCUGGAGACCAUCUUCAUCACCUACCUGCUGCACCUGGCCACCACCUGGCCCCCACCCAUGCCUCGAUGGCUCCACUCCCUGCUUCUACACUGUGCCAGCCCAACAAAAUGCUGCCCCACUGUGCCCCAGAAAGGAAAUACGGGCCCUGGCCUCACUCCUGCCCACCUGCCUGGUCUGAAGGAGCCAUUUGAGUUGGUGGGGAAGGUGCCAGGUUCCUGAGAGGCAGAGGUAAAUGGGUGCCCUGGGCCAACGAGGGCUGGGCAGGGAGAUGAGGCUCAGAAGCAGCGCUUGGUCAGCCUGUGGGUGCAGUUCAGCCACGUGAUGGACACCCUGCUCUUCCGUCUCUACCUGCUCUUCAUGGCUACCUCUAUCAUCACAGUCAUUGUCCUCUGGAACACCUAG